CACACACAAACGCCCUCUUCCCAGAGUAUUGAAUAGUUGGGAAUUGGAACCCCUCCAGGGGGAACCAAACAUUGUCAUUCAGAAGAAGACAAAGAGGGAUUGAAAUGAAGCUGUUGAUUUCAACACACAAAUUCUGGUAGUAGUUGAAAGCAAAGCAAGUAAGUUUCUCCGAAUCCCUAGUCACCUGGAGGUAGAGACGGACUGCGCAGGUUAACUACAGCUCCCAGCAUGCCUGAGGGGUGAGCUCAGCGGCUGCGCAGAGUGGCGCGCGCGGGCGGUCAUGGGACUUCAGCAUGGCGGUGUUUGCAGAUUUGGACCUGCGAGCGGGUUCUGACCUGAAGGCUCUGCGCGGACUUGUGGAGACAGCCGCUCACCUUGGCUAUUCAGUGGUUGCUAUCAAUCAUAUCGUUGACUUUAAGGAAAAGAAACAGGAAAUUGAAAAACCAGUAGCUGUUUCUGAACUCUUCACAACUUUGCCAAUUGUACAGGGAAAAUCAAGACCAAUUAAAAUUUUAACUAGAUUAACAAUUAUUGUCUCGGAUCCAUCUCACUGCAAUGUUUUGAGAGCAACUUCUUCAAGGGCCCGGCUCUAUGAUGUUGUUGCAGUUUUUCCAAAGACAGAAAAGCUUUUUCAUAUUGCUUGUACACAUUUAGAUGUGGAUUUAGUCUGCAUAACUGUAACAGAGAAACUACCAUUUUACUUCAAAAGACCUCCUAUUAAUGUGGCAAUUGACCGAGGCCUGGCUUUUGAACUUGUCUAUAGCCCUGCUAUCAAAGACUCCACAAUGAGAAGGUAUACAAUUUCCAAUGCCCUCAAUUUGAUGCAAAUCUGCAAAGGAAAGAAUGUAAUUGUAUCUAGUGCUGCAGAAAGGCCUUUAGAAAUAAGAGGGCCAUAUGACGUGGCAAACCUAGGCUUGCUGUUUGGGCUCUCUGAAAGUGAUGCCAAGGCUGCGGUGUCCACCAACUGCCGAGCAGCGCUUCUCCAUGGAGAAACUAGAAAAACUGCUUUUGGAAUUAUUUCUACAGUGAAGAAACCUCGGCCAUCAGAAGGAGAUGAAGAUUGUCUUCCAGCUUCCAAGAAAGCCAAGUGUGAGGGCUGAAAAGAAUGCCCCAGUCUCUGUCAGCACACCCUUCUUCCCUUUUAUAGCUCAUCAGCCACAACAAAAAUAAAACCUUUGUGUGAUUUACUGUUUUCAUUUGGAGCUAGAAAUCAAUAGUCUAUAAAAACAGUUUUACUUGCAAUCCAUUAAAACAACAAACGAAACCUAGUGAAAGCAUCUUUUUAAAAGGCUGCCAGCUUAAUGAAUUUAGAUGUACUUUAAGAGAGAAAGACUAGUUAUUUCUCCUUUGUGUAAGUGAUAAAUAACAGCAAAUAUACUUGAAUAAGAUGUUUCAGAUAUUUUUGUUUCAUUUUGUUUUUGAGAUAGGGUCUUGAUUUGUUGCUCAGGCUAGAGUACAGUGGCAUAAUCACAGCUCACUGCAACCUCAAUCCUGGGCUCAAGUGAUCCUCCCACUUCAGCCUCUCAAGCAGCUGGAACUACAGGUGUGCACUACCACACCUGGCUAUUUUUGUUUUUUUUUUUUUGUUUUUCCCUUGUAGAGACAUGGUCUCACUAUGUUGCUGAGGCUGGUCUCAAACUCCUAGGAUCAAGCCAUCCUCCCACUUUGGCCUCCUAAAGUGCUGAGAUUACAUGAGCCACCACAUGCAGCCAGAUGUUUGAAUAUUUUAAGAGCUUCUUUCGAAAGUUUCUUGUUCAUGCUCAAAUAGUAGUUAUUUUGAAGAUAUUCAAACUUAUAUUGAAGAAGUGACUUUAGUUGAUCUUGUUUUAAGCUUCUUUCAUGUAUUCAUCAAAUCAGCAUUUUUUUCUAAAAGAAAUUGCUAUAGAAUUUGUGGAAGGAGAGAGGAUACACAUGUAAAAUUACACCUGGCCUCUUCCUUCACUGCUUCAUACCUACGUGAGGUCUUUGAAAUAGGAUUCCUUACUUUUAGUUAGAAACCCCUAAAACCCUAAUACUGAUUUUCCUAAUAGCUGUAUUAAAAAUAGCAAAGCAUCGGACUGAACCAACUUUGGAAAUAAUUUAUUUUUAUAGUGGGAUCAUGUUAAGUAGAAGUAGCUUUUUAUGCAAAUAUGUACAUUUAUACAAUAUUAAUGUCAGGGCUCUAAAACACAAUGGAGUAGAGCCAGAGGUAUAUAACUGAAUAAGAAAUUUUUUUAAACAAGAGAAAGACAACUGUUCUGCGGGCUGGCGAAAAUACAGUUGUUGUUUUUUUUUUUUUUGAAAUGGAGUCUCGCUCUGUCCCCCAGGUUGGAGUGCAGUGGCGCGAUCUCUGCCCACUGCAAGCUCCGCCUCCUGGGUUCACACCAUUCUCCUGCCUCAGCCUCCUGAGUAGCUGGGACUACCGGCGCCCACCGUGUAUUUAGUAGAGACAGGGUUUCACCGUGUUAGCCAGGAUGGUCUCGAUCUCAUAACCUCAUGAUCCACCCGCCUCAGCCUCCCAAAGUGCUGGGAUUACAGGCGUGAGCCACUGCCCGGCCUGAGAAAAUACAGUUUUAAAAAGAGAGAGCUUUAUAACCUCACCAAUGAAUACAAAUGUUUAAAUAAAAUAUUGAUUAAAAAAACAUUAAAA